AUGAUUUGUACAUUUUUACGAGCUGUACAGUGUGCGGAGAAGCUGCGCAGGUCCUCCGGGAAGCGGCUGUUUCUGCCACACUUAGUGCUUAACAAAGCUUGCUUGAAGACUGCGCCCACUUUGAGCUGGGGUCUGCGAGAGCCAAAGAAAACGGUGCGCCCUAAAUGUGCCCCUGACGUCACCCAGAAAACCAUCUGGACGCAGGGGCAGAGCCCCCCGAGAGCGAAAGAGGACAGCAGCAAGCAGGUGUCUGUGCACAGAGAGACCGGGGAGACCAUCGUCUCAACGUCACAGAAAGUGAAGGAAGCUGGGAGAGAUUUUACCUACCUGGUGGUGGUUCUUAUUGGAAUCGGCAUCACAGGUGGCCUGUUUUACACGAUUUUCAGAGAACUGUUUUCUUCGUCCAGUCCUAAUAAGAUCUAUGGGAAAGCCUUAGAAAAAUGCAGAUCACAUCCAGAGGUGAUCAGUGUCUUUGGUGAGCCGGUGAAGGGCUACGGGGAGGCGACCCGCCGCGGGCGAAGGCAGCACGUCAGUUUCAUUGAGUACGUCAAGGAUGGGCUGAAACACAUGCGUGUGAAGUUCUACAUCCAGGGCUCCGAGCCUGGGAAGCAAGGAACAGUGCAUCUCGAAGUGAAAGAGAACCCAGAAAGUGGCGAAUAUGAAUUUCGAUACAUAUUUGUUGAACUUGAGUCCUUCCCUGGAAGAACUAUUGUCAUCGAAGACAAUCGAUCCUGAGGCGAUCGCGGGACUCAGGCACGCGCGGCUUCUGGGGGGGAUAUGUGGAACCCCGCACACCCGCAGGCUGGUCUCCCCACUCUCCUCCCGAGUCUGCAGAGUAAGACAGGAAAGAACACAUGGCUCAUAAAAGUGAGUGUAAGGGUAGUAAUUGCAUUUAGACGCACUGAAGUGGCGAUUUUCCUGUAGACGGCAAAAUCAUGAAAUGGAAUGUAUUUUACGUUCUCUCUGAAUCGAUCGUGGACAGUGUUUCUGCUCUAGUGAACAUCAUCUUUCACGAUAAGAGAUUUUUGUUAUUAAACGCUUUAUACCAUGUAAA